CCGACGGCGGCGAGGAACUCCUAGACACGUCUGCACUCGAACCAGACGCGCACCUUUCCUUUCUGCCUUCCAACCACAAUUCCUGUUCAGGACCAUUCUUCAUUCAACACUCCUGCCAGGAAAGACAAGCGACCAAUUCAAACAACACACUCACCAUUCUCAGGACCACCCUCGCCGGCAGACGUAGCUAUUAUACAAUGGAGAUCGACUCUGACAUUCCUCAGUUCCUGGCUUCCCAGAAGCGCCAGGUUCCAGCCCACCUCCAGAACUACUACAACACCUUUGAGGACCUUUACGAGCGCAAGCUGUGGCACCAACUGACUUUGGCUGUUCAGGAAUUUGUAUCAAAGCCCGAGUCCGGACCAUUCCAGGUGGAUCUCUAUAACCAGUUUAUUUCAGACUGGGAAUCAAAGAUGAGUCAGCUCAAGCUGGUCGUCCUCGGCGUCUCUGCUUCGAAGCAGAUUCCAGACCAUAAGCAAGCUAGGGAGUUUCUGAAGACCUUGACAGAAAAGGUUAACAAGGACGAGACGAGGGAUGCUUACGUGCUGGCAAAGAUGGAGGCGACUCAUUAUGGACUGUUGCUGGGCGACCUGGACUCGACAAAGAAGGAUUUGGAAGAGUGCUCAAAGCACCUCGACCACUUUGAUUCAGUCGACCCUCAAAUUAAUGCCAGCUAUCUGCGUGUCUCUGCGGACUAUUACAAGAUCAAGGCAGACUAUGCCAAGUACUACAAGAACGCAUUGCUUUACUUGGCAUGCGUGAAUAUCGACGAUCUCUCCCAGGCUGAAAAGGCUAGCCGCGCAAAUGACCUCGCCCUCUCCGCACUUUUGGGAGACUCGAUCUACAACUUUGGAGAGCUAUUGAUGCAUCCUAUUUUGGAGUCGCUUGUUGGAACGGAGCGUGAAUGGCUAAAGAACCUGCUCUUUGCGUUCAACAGUGGAGACAUUGGAAAGUUCGAGGCCCUAGCACCGCACUUUGCUCAAGAGCACAUCUUGCAGUCGAACAUUACUGCUUUGCGUCAGAAGAUCUGUUUGAUGUCCUUGACAGAGACUGUGUUCAAGCGCAGUUCUGACAACCGCUCGAUCCCCUUUGCGACAAUCUCGUCGGAAACUAAGUUGCCGAUGGAGGAGGUUGAGAUUCUAGUGAUGAAGGCAUUGUCGCUCGGUUUGAUCAAGGGAACCAUUGACCAGGUGGACUCUGUGGUGCGCGUGCACUGGGUACAGCCUCGUGUCCUUGAUAGGAAUCAGAUCAAGGGAAUGCAGGAGCGUCUAGGAGCUUGGAACGAGAGCGUGAAGAAGACGGCACUUACGAUGGAGGCUGAAACUGUGGAUGUCUACGCGUAGAGUUUUAUUAGCAGGGGUGACAGCAAGCGACAAAGCAUACUGUCUUCCAGCAUUGGAUCGAAUAUAAAAACAACCCCCAUGAACACGAAUAUCGAUCGCAAUGAUAAUUGUGAGGCGGCCUUUGCACCUGCUUCGCUCCAUGACUGGGCUGUUCACACGUACACACAUAUAUAAUACAGACACACAUUAUAGAACAUUCACACAUAUACACACACACACGCACAUUGUCGGCUCUAGUGAGGUGAGCAAGGACGGAAGGACAUGAUGUAUGUAUGUAUGGGCUAGGCUACCGCAGAGUAUUGUUGGUCGACCCAGUGCUCAUCAUUUGUGUCAUGGGGUGUGGUGCUAAGGCAGAUUGCCAAUACCAAGAGUUUCUUGACUUCCAGAUAACGCUAGGCGCAGGAACCGAGAGCGUGAAUGUGGUGUGGUUUGAAUACAGAAGUUCAAUAAAAGAUAA